CAAAAAUGAAAUCGAACUGAACCGGUCACACCCAUAAUGAUGAUCGGGCAACAGCCACCAAAACGGAGCUAAGUAACGUUACCUCAAAGAUUGUUGAAGAACGUCAUAUCAACAUACGGGAAAAUGCGAUGAGAAGUCGUGCUGGUGUACCGGUAUCCGACUUUGAAUGCCAAGUGUGAGAAAUCGAAUUGCGUGAUCGGUGGCGUAACAGGUAAAGCAGACUGUUCUUACGUAGGCUUCUGGAUGUGGUAUCCUGUGCUGCUCAGGUGAAAGAGGAAGAGUAGGCAGCAGACAGGAUGAAGGAGGAGAACUUGUUUCAUCGGAGGAUGUCUCUGUCUCCCAAUGCCACAUCUCCCUCCCCUCCUAAGAUCGACCACCGCUCUCUGACCCGCAACAUGUCUUAUGGAGGAGAAAGCGAGCUCUUCCCGCUCAGCCCAGGUAUGGAGGCAGAAGGGAAUGGUCUGUCCAUGAUGAGUGACGAGCUCAGCCCCGCCCAGUCGCCUAGCAGCAAGUCUGAGUCCAGGAUGUUCAAUAACGGUCUGGAGGACUGCUCCUCGCCCACAGAGAAGCUGGCCCGGAAGGAGUCUCUCAAGGUCCAGAAGAAGAAUUACAGACAGGAGAAGAAGCGGGCAGCCAAAGAACUGUCAAGCGCUCUGAAGGACCCCAGUGUUGUCAUCACGGCUAACUGGCUAAAGAUCCGUGGUUCGCUAAAGAGCUGGACCAAGUUGUGGUGUGCCCUGAAGCCGGGGGUCCUGCUGAUCUAUAAGACCCCUAAAUCGGACCACUGGGUGGGCACCCUCCUGCUCAACGCGUGCAAGCUGAUUGAGAGGCCCUCCAAGAAGGACGGCUUCUGCUUCAAGCUCUAUCACCCGCUGGACAAGUCCAUCUGGGCUGUUAAGGGUCCUAAAGGGGAAAAUGUUGGCUCCAUCACUCAGCCUCUACCCAGCAACUACCUGAUCUUCAGAGCUGCGUCAGAGUCUGACGGUCGGUGUUGGAUGGAUGCUCUGGAGCUGGCUCUGAGCUGCUCCAGCCUCUACAAGCUGACAGCUAAAGCAGGGAGAGAUGGAGACCUCAGCACCUCCUCGGAGUCCUCCCAUAUACUACAGCUACUGCAGUCUACUGCCCUCACUGAUGCUGAGCUACUACAGUUGGCCAACCAACAGAUGGAGAAUGACGGCUACUCUGAGAAAUCAGAGCACGAUGCCCAGGAGGAUUGGGACAACGGGGCCAAUGAGAACGGAGGUCGGCUGACGGAGGAGAGCGACUUGGACCAAUCGGACGAGUUGUCUCCGGGGCUGCAGGCCACAUCCUACGUCGAGCAGAGCCAGGAGGAGAUGGCCGAGGCUGGUGAGGCGUCCCAGGUGGAGACGGUGUCUGAGGAGAACAAGGGUCUGAUCUGGACCCUGCUAAAGCAGCUGCGGCCUGGCAUGGACCUGUCUAAAGUGGUCUUGCCCACCUUCAUCCUGGAGCCACGCUCUUUCCUGGACAAACUAUCGGACUACUACUACCACGCUAAUCUGCUGUCGGAGGCUGCGAGGGAGGAGAGUCCAUAUGGCAGAAUAAAGCAGGUCGUGCGCUGGUACCUGUCUGGCUUCUACAAGAAGCCCAAGGGACUGAAGAAGCCCUAUAACCCCAUCCUAGGAGAGACGUUUCGCUGUUGCUGGCUCCACCCUCAGACAGACAGCUGCACCUUUUACAUCGCAGAGCAGAUCUCCCACCACCCACCAAUCUCUGCCUUCUACGUCUGCAACAAGAAGGACGGCUUCUAUAUCAGCGGCAGCAUCUUGGCCAAGUCCAAGUUUUACGGUAACUCUCUGUCUGCCAUACUGGAUGGCAGAGCCAGAUUGAUGCUGCUGGGCAGGGAUGAGGAGUACGUCAUCACCAUGCCUUACGCCCACUGUAAAGGUAUUCUGUAUGGCACCAUGACACUGGAGCUGGGAGGGAAGAUCACUAUUGAGUGUGAGAAAACCAAAUAUGUGGCAGAACUGGAGUUCAAGUUGAAGCCCUUCCUGGGAGGCUCCAGCAGUGUGAACGUGAUCUCGGGAAAGAUCCAGCAGGGAGACGAGCUGCUGGCCACUGUGGACGGACACUGGGAUGGUGAGGUGUUCCUACAGGAGAAGUCAGGGCAGCAGGAGCACCUGUGGAACCCUACUCCAGAGGUCCGCAGCACCAGACUGAAGAGGCAGGUAGUACAGCUGGACCAGCAAGGGCAGUUUGAGUCGGAGAGGCUGUGGCAGCAUGUGACCAGUGCUAUAGUGGACCGUGACCAGAACCAGGCAACCCAGGAGAAGUUCGUACUGGAGGAGGCUCAGAGGAAUCAGGCCAAAGACCGUGGAGACCAACCUUGGCGUCCCAGACUCUUCAACCUGGACUCUGUCACCAACGAAUGGACAUACAUACACAUAGACACACGGCCGUGGGACCCUGAACGCUGUCUGGUGCAGUUUGAGAAGCACGGGGUGAUCCAGACCAAGGAGAAAUCACAGAGACGACAUAAAGGACUGGCAUACAGCCGCGCCUCAGCCUGGGCUAGCCAGCAGAAGGCCCAGGUGAAUGGGAAACACAGGAAAGGCAGCAGCCAGCCGUCUAGCUGCAGCCAGAACACUGAGAGCAGCAGCACUACACCAGAACCUACACACGAGUCCUCUGAUAAUGAAGGUAAGACGCACACAUUCACCACGUCAGAACCUACACACGAGUCCUCUGAUAAUGAAGGUAAGACGCACACAUUCACCACGUCAGAACCUACACACGAGUCCUCUGAUAAUGAAGGUAAGACGCACACAUUCACCACGUCAGAACCUACACACGAGUCCUCUGAUAAUGAAGGUAAGACGCACACAUUCACCACGUCAGAACCUGCACACGAGUCCUCUGAUAAUGAAGGUAAGACGCACACGUUCACCACGUCAGAACCUACACACGAGUCCUCUGACAAUGAAGGUAAGACGCACACAUUCACCACGUCAGAACCUGCACACGAGUCCUCUGAUAAUGAAGGGUACCUGAGCCAGUGUACACGGUGCAACAAGGAAGUGAAGGACAUUGCCCUCAUAGAGGCCUCCAUCGCAUCCAUACAGAAGACACAGCAAGACAUCCAGAGGAACCUGAUAGCGUUGGGUCGUCAACUGGGCCGUCGUCAGGAGACUGAAGACAAUGUGACACCAACUGGACGCCACUGUUUCAUCCUGUGUGUCCUCCUGCUCUCCCAACUCUUCCUCAACUACAUUUUCACCUGAACUACCCUGCAACAGAAGUCCCCCCCCCCCCCAGGCACGGAUCUAGGAUCAGCUCAACACUCCCUAUUAACCCUGACCUUAACUAUUAGAUGGAGGGGCAGCUUCAUCCUGUUCUCCUGAUACGGGAGGGCCACAGGUGCCAUAGCAAUAAACACAGCCACCCACAGCCACCACUCACCUGCCAACCAGAGCGGAACAGAGCGCCCUCCAGUGUAGCCAGACAGCACGGCACCCAAGCACUUUGGACUGAGAAGACCACGACAGAAAGAGAUCAAAAAAGAUCAAAAAAGAAAGAGUGGACUGACUGGGGGUGUUUUUUAAAAAGAUGAAUGAGAGAAUAGGGACUGAAUUAGCUUUUUUAAUAGGAAUGAGAAGGAAUUAUUGUUUUACAGAAGAGAAUGUUCCACCUGUCUUUUAUUAAUGGAUGUGUACUUUUUAUACUCCCCCUGCAAUACUAUUGUGUGUGUGUGUGUUGUGUGUACGUACAGUAGGCCCUAUGGGCAUUGAUGGACUACGGCUUGGAGUCCUUAAUAGUCCACCUUCACUACAGACUUUGGGCCUUAACGCUGAAGCCAAAAAGAAGAGAAAACAAUGUGACAUCGACAAAACAAAGUGAACUCGAGAUAAGAAAAAGAAACUUCCAAUAAUGCAAUUGUCUUUUUGUGUAGAUCUAUAAUAUGUCACUUUUUGGGCGAUCUGACCAAAUUUGCAUAGAAAUAUGUGCUAUAGAUCUGUCACUGAUUGAAAGCAAGCCGUAGAUAUGUUCUAUGUGCUUUAUUUCUAUGCUUCCCAUUAAGUUUUGUUUUUGCUUUCGGUUUUGUACACUAGCUUCAAACAGCUGAAAAUACGAAAUAUAUUUGCCAGCGGUUUAGAUGGUACAAUUAUACUCUACACUAUACUUGCUUGUUUUGUCACAAACUGAAAUUUGGCGAAUUAGAAUUUUUGCAACCAGGAAAUGAUUUCUGCGUAGUGCAUCUUUAAUAAUGAUGAUGAUUUUACCAAAACAGUAUUUAUAACCUGAAAGGUAAAGAGUACUUGUUUACAGGUUUGUGUGUGUGUGUGUGUUUAUAUUGACAUAUAUAAACGAAGGGUAGGCAGAGAGAGGCAGGUUAGAAAGGUAAAAGGGAUGUGGGUCUGUCUGUUUAUGCCUGUAGCGCCAUCAGGGAAUGGAUUUAUAGCACUGCUCUGGUGUAGACAAUCAGCCAAAGAGGACAGAUGAUUGGCGGUGUAGAGAGAAUGAACAGGGGAAGAGAAGAAAGGAAACAACGAAAGACUGUUAAAGUUAUAGGAUAAUGAGGUUGUUGAUGGGUAGGGUGUGUAAUGUACUUCAGACGGCACUGUUUGGAAGAACUGUUCUCGAUGUGAUUACUGGGGGUCAAUAUACCCGUAUGUAUAUAUUUGUCUGGAGCACACACACACACAAGCACUGUGUUACCAAUGAGAUUCAGAAUGUAUUUAUUGUGUGAUUCACCUUGAUUUACGGAUCAUACUCCGCUUGGAAGAUGGAUGCAAGUGGUGACAAUCGCGAGUAAGUUUGUUCUCCCUUGUUCAUUAGGCACCAAACAGGAAAAUGGACUGAAACAGGGAGGGACACUGGACUUGACACUAAUUUCUGUUCUGUUUUAAAACGGGGUUGUACCCUAUUGAACAUGACCCAGGUGUACCAGGGGAACCAGGUCUGUGAUCUAGCCUUGGGAUGUUACUCGUACGUGCGGACAGUCAGGCAAGUUGGAGUCAAACAUUAGGGUCAAAAUUGAAAAACCAACCUCUUUGGUUGGUGUAAACUUGCCCUUGUCCAGGCACCCAAUGGGGAAAAGGAGAUGAAGGAAGUAGGAAUUUGACUUUGAAUGCUUUGAUUCACGGUUUGUUCUUUUGUUUUGCACUCUACUGUCAUGUACACAGAUCUUUUUGUCAUAUGAGAAUGAAAGAACAUGAUUUUGCUAAAAAAAAAAAAAUCAUACCUGUUGCAUACUGUAGCACUACAGUAAACAUUGACAUUUUGACUGGA